AUAAGGCCUUAUAAUUAGCGAAGCAAAGUGCGAAUCAAACCCCAAGAAUCAAUAUUUUCGAAAAAACAAACGCGCUCUUUAGUGGUAUAUUUUUGUGCAACAUUUUUACCGUAUUUGCGCGGGAAUAACUUCUCGUGGUGUUUAAUCCCGCAUAGGGACUUUAUUCCCACCACAGUAUUACCGAAAUCAUAUGCCGAAAUUGCAACAUUCCUUUGUUCUUCUCGUGAUGCAAAGUGGUUGAGAAACACGACGUAGAAAUGGUAAAAGACUUAACGAUGUCAGAUGCAAGAGAGAAAGAACAUCUCUAUACACCAGUGGCUGAAUGUGAAGACGAUGUUCUGAUUGUAAAUCGUGACGAUGAACCUGGCUUGCCUCAUGGUUUGACGGCCUUCACUGCGGCCUUGUUUAUAGUGGGAGAAAUGGCAGGAAGUGGUGUCCUUGCUUUACCAAAUGCUGUCGCGAAUUCAGGAUGGAUUGGUGUAGUAUUGAUCAUUGUACUCGGCAUAUUGUCUGGAACAUGUGGGAUAGUGUUGAGCAAGUCUUGGCUCAUAUUAAGACGUGAUUUUCGUGAAUAUCAAGAACAUGUUAGAUAUCCAUACCCUGCAAUAGGCUUUCAUACCUACGGCAAGAUUGGCAAAUAUGUCGUGCAGUUCUGUAUUAAUGCUACUUUAAUUGGUGAGUGUGAAUGACAAUAAAACCAACUUGCUUUAUACUCAUCCACAAAGUCAUAUUCCAAUCAUCAAACACCUGUUUGUCAUAGAAAUGUCACAAAUCAAGCACCUGUCAUGAGGUGAUGUUUAUAAACUGUCAACACAAUCAAUUUCUAAAGAAAUGAAUCAUGAUGAAAUUUGCAUAGUAGGACCAAAUUGUCAGGCUGCAUGGCUACGCCAUUGCAUAGAAAUGGCACAAAUCAAACAUGUGUCAUAGAAAUUAUAGUGCACGACAAUGCCACCAACAGUUCAAACCAUUGUACCACCCAUAUGAGUCGCAAUUUAGAAACAGUUACUAUAUAUUUUUAGACAGGCUUAGGGGGUUUGGAUUAGGGAAAGGGUUAGGGUUAUUAUUGUAAUUUAGCCAUGGAGUAUCAGCACUCUCCUUGACAAGUAAAAUUGUCUGGCAUUAGACAGAGUAAAAUAAUAAAUUUGGGGGCAAAUUAUGCAACUUAAUCGUAAAAUCUGUUAACAUUUUUUCUCUCUUUACAGGUGCAUGUACAGUAUUCAUCUUGUUAGCCUCAGAGAACUUGAACAGUCUGAUUGAUCUGAAUAUUUCAUCAAUCUCAGCCAAAAGUGAAUAUCGUGUUUGGCUUGUAAUAUGUACAGCAGCACUGUUGCCUAUGACAUGGCUUGGGACGCCCAAGAAUUUCUGGCCUGUUGCUUUGUUUGCGAUCAUGGCAACAUCUGUCGCUUGUUUGUUGAUUGUGAUCAAGAUUGGAGUUGAUUUUAAUGGCAUUGCUCAACACAGACAUGUUACAAGUAGCUCAUUCUUUUCAGGUAACUUGACUUUGAACACCAUUGCUCUCCCCCUGACAAGCAAAAUCAUCUGCUGUUAGACAGAUUGCAGUAGGGUACAUUGCAGCUUACAGUAAUUCAUUGAGUUGCAUUGUACUCUACACAGCUAAAAAUGCUGAGCCCACUGUUUAACAGGAUUGAACAAUGUUUUGCUGCCCACGUUGUUAGCACUUGUCAACAAUAUUGAACAAUAUUGUUGAGCCUGAAUCGGGUGUACCAACAUUGUUCAAUGUUGUUGACAACUGUGAACAAUGUGGGCAGCAAAAUAUCGUUCAAUCCUGUUUUCAUCAAUAUUGCAACAACCUGAGCAUUUUUACGACUGUGUAAUUCAUUCUAUGUUAUCAUUUUGCUUUUUCUAAUUGCCAGACAAAUUUACUUGUCAAGGGUGCUGGUGCUCAAUGGGUUAAGAAUUAAUUGAUUUAUUAUUAGAUUAAGAUAACAAAGCAGGGUGUUAUAGUGUCCAUUUUACCUAAUUAUUUGUAAUAAUAUGGUAUGUAAUAAUAUUAUUUGUAAUAUUACAACAUUCGUGGAAGUGUUAUAUUGGAUAUACAAACUCAAGCCGAAUAUGAAAUGUCUCGAUGAGAAUAUUUGUAUUCUUCAAUGUUGAAAUAAAUUAAUGACAUUUAGUGAGAAAAUUGAACUUAAAGUUUAUAUAAAUCAGCAUGAUUCUGUAUCAGAUAUAUUAAUGAUGAAUUAUUGAUGAGUUUCACAAGACAUAUCUUUGUAUUUUCCAUCUAGCAUUUGGUGCUAUAGCAUUCUCAUUUGGUGGAACGGCUGCAUUUCCCACCAUCCAAUGUGACAUGAGACAACCAAGUCUGUUCAACUCUUCAAUCAUUAUGGCAUACCUUACUGUCCUUGCCAUGUACCUACCUGUCUCUAUCUUGGGCUUUUUUGCAUUUGGGGAUGACGUUCAGACCAACAUCCUCAUGAAUCUCUCGUCCACGUCCGCUGUUACAAAAUGUGUUGCAGCAUUGAUAGCAUCACAUUUGUUGUUCAGUUUUGUUAUUGUUGUCAAUCCUGUCUCACAACAACUUGAAGAAUGGUUGAAUGUCCCGAAAGGUAGUUGUUAAUUAUCUUUUGCAUGACACUUAGCAUAGCAAUAACAUGAUACAGUGAUCAGAAUGUUUCAUUGUCUUUUCAUUGUUUUGAAAAUCCCACUGUUCUCCAUGUCAUCCAGUCAUGAUCCAAUGAUCAGAAUGUUCCAUUGUCUUUUCAUUGUUUUGAAAAUCCCACUGUUCUCCAUGUCAUCCAGUCAUGAUCCAGUGAUCAGAAUGUUCCAUUCUCUUUUCAUUGUUUUGAAAAUCCCACUGUUCUCCAUGUCAUCCAGUGAUCAGAUUCAGAUGUUCCAUUGUCUUUUCAAUGUUUUGAAAAUCCCACUGUUCUCCAUGUCAUCCAGUCAUGAUCCAAUGAUCAGAAUGUUUCAUUGUCUUUUCAUUGUUUUGAAAAUCCCACUGUUCUCCAUGCCAUCCAGUCAUGAUCCAGUGAUCAGAAUGUUUCAUUGUCUUUUCAUUGUUUUGAAAAUCCCACUGUUCUCCAUGUCAUCCAGUCAUGAUCCAGUGAUCAGAAUGUUUCAUUGUCUUUUCAUUGUUUUGAAAAUCUCACUGUUCUCCGUGCCAUCCAGUCAUGAUCCAGUGAUCAGAAUUUUUCAUUGUCUUUUCGUUGUUUUGAAAAUCCCACUGUUCUCCAUGUCAUCCAGUCAUGAUCCAGUGAUCAGAAUGUUUCAUUGUCUUUUCAUUGUUUUGAAAAUCUCACUGUUCUCCAUGCCACCCAAUCAUGAUCCAGUGAUCGGAAUGUUUCGUUGUCUUUUCAUUGUUUUGAAAAUCCCACUGUUCUCCAUGCCAUCCAGUGAUCAGAUUCAGAUGUUCCAUUGUCUUUUCAUUGUUUUGAAAAUCCCACUGUUCUCCAUGCCACCCAAUCAUGAUCCAGUGAUCGGAAUGUUUCGUUUCCAAUGAUCACAUGUUCCUUUCGUCUUUUCAUUGUUUUGAAAAUCCUACUGUUCACCAUGCCAUCCAGUCAUGGUCCAGUGAUCAGAAUGUUCCAUUGUCUUGAAAAUCUUACUGUUCUCCAUGUCAUCCAGUCAUGAUCCAGUGAUCAGAAUGUUUCAUUGUCUUUUCGUUGUUUUGAAAAUCUUACUGUUCUCCAUGUCAUCCAGUCAUGAUCCAGUGAUCAGAAUGUUUCAUUGUCUUUUCAUUGUUUUGAAAAUCCUACUGUUCUCCAUGUCAUCCAGUCAUGAUCUAGUGAUCAGAAUGUUCUUGUCUUUUCAUUGUUUUGAAAAUCCUACUGUUCACCAUGCCAUCCAGUCAUGAUCCAGUGAUCAGAAUGUUCUCUUUUCAUUGUUUUGAAAAUCCUACUGUUCACCAUGCCAUCCAGUCAUGAUCCAGUGAUCAGAAUGUUCCAUUGUCUUUUCAUGUGUUUUGAAAAUCCCACUACUUUCUAUCAGUAAUGAUUCGUUGAAAGUGGCCUUUUUAACUUUGGAAAUUGGAAAGUAACCCCACUGCAUGCAUAGUGUAAUCAUUAAUACUUUUUAAUCUUUCAACGUAUUCCUGCAAAAUUAUUUGAAAUGUUUUAUAUUUUUUAGGUCGAGUGACGGUGAAGAGUUGUCUGGUCCGUACAUUUCUUGUUUUAUUUAUUCACGCCUUGGCGCAAGGUAUUCCACAUUUUGGGCUGUUUUUAAAUCUUGUUGGAUCCUCAACUACAACGCUUUUGACUUUCGUGUUUCCGUGUUUGUUUUACCUGAAACUACAGACUGACAUUUCUAAACAUAUGAAAGUAUUUUUAUAUGAAAUCAUCGUCGUUGGCCUCUUGGCUGCUGUUACAUCAACCUAUUUUGCUAUCAAAGCUAUUAUACAAGAACUAAGCUCGUGAUCUGAUGUGCUGCACUUUGCUGGUCUAUCAUGAAGCAGAUGAUGAAUUGAGAGAUGGCCGGGUUAGAAAUAAAAACAAUUAAAUUGAAAUUAGAAUGUAAUUAGAUUGAUUUUUCAAUUGUAACAUAUUAAUUAUAGUAGAAGUCGAUGACAACAACUUUCAGUAAUAUAUUAAUUAUUUUACUGUCGUUCCAAUUGAAGUGUUGCUCAAAUAUUGAUUCAAUACAUUACCUCGGGCUGACCAAUUCAUUUCAUCAAGUUCCUCGAGAUAUUCAUACACUUCCUUGUAUAAUUGUAAACUUCCUGUUGAAUAGUUUGAAUGCACCAAUCACCUUUGUUGUUUGUGCAACUAACCAAUCAUAAAUAGAAAGGAAGUGACCAGAAAUGAUCAAAUACUUGGAAUUUGGCUCUUUCACAGGAAGUGUAUGAAUAUCUCGAGGAACUUGAUCAAAUGAAUUGGUCAGCCCGAGGUAAUGUAUUGAAUCAAUAUUUGAGCAACACUUCAAUUGGAACGACAGUAAUUAUAUCUUAAAUUUGGCGUUCAGUUAGUCAUAUUAUUUUCUUGGGUUUUGAAAAUAUAUAUUUUCAUAUUUAAGAUGAAGUUUUCUGAAUGUGUUCACAUAAAGUUGGAGAUUUUUCUUGCUUUUCGCGCGCUAGCUGGGAAUCGAAUACCUUUGCUUCUUUCGUCCAAUGCUCCACCACGGUUAAUUGCAGUGUCCUUUUUAGUGCUGGAAAUGAUCAUACCGGGUGGCCCAAAAAAAAGUACUCCUGUUUGAUUCGUAAUAACAUCUAAACAAGUAUAGCUUUUAAAGAGAAAUAACUUGCAUCAAAUAGAGGAAGGACUAACUUAGACUUUGAUAUAUUACAGUUGUAUUUCACUUAAAAAUUCACGGAGAUAUUAAU